CGAGGGAGAAUAUAGUACGCGAUUUAUUGGAUAAGUAUAAAAGGAUGGGUGACAUGACAGACCGUCCAGUGUAUGUGAACUUUGUAGGCGAAGCAGGUGUUGGAACUGGUGUAUCCAUCGAAGCUUAUACCUUAUUUURGGAUACCCUKWUAACUCAGAAUUCUCAAGGAGACAGUGAAUUUACUAUCCCCAUUGAUCUUUCACUUAGUGAAGAAGAUUAUGUAAGUAUGGGGAAGAUAAUCACUCAUCAAUUUAUUCUAUUCGGGACUUUCCCCAUACGUAUUAAUCAAGCAUCCAUUCAUCAUAUGCUAUUCGGUGAAGCUGAUAAUAGCUGUAAAAUCGAUUCCUUCUUACGACUAUUUCCACCAAAAGAAAGAGAUUGCCUUUCCCGUGCUGUUUCCGGUCAUAUGCCGUUUCCUGUUGACGAGGUAGUCGAGAUACUAGAAGAUUUUAAAGGUAUUCGUCAGAUGCCAUCACCAAGCAACAUCAAAGAGAUUUUGGUUCAAGUGGCUACCAAUGAGCUGGUAGCCAAGCCCUAUCUKCCCCUGACCAACAUAAAGAAAGGAUUAGGCGUGAUAUGGAAAGAUGUUUCAAAGCAAGAGAUAGGAUCACUCUAUGCUCUUAGUAGACCUACACCAGAGAGAGUGUUGGAAAGUCUAAUCUUCUCUCCUUCUAGUGCCAAAGAGGAGCAGAUAUUCAGAUGGCUUAAAAGAUACAUCAAAGGCUCAGAUGAUCGCUUUCUGUCGCAAUUUCUCAGGUUCUGCACCGCUAGUGAUGUCAUUACAGAGGCAAAGAUUUCAUUGAGCAUUGAGCUUUACCCGCCUACAAUGGUACGACCCAAAGCUCAGACGUGCUUUAGGAUGCUGACUAUCCCAAGAAAUUACGAGAAUUUCACACAGAUGAAGCAAAACCUGGACACGUAUUUCAAGGACUCCACAAUCUGGGAUCUGGAAGAUUUAUAGAACUUUCCACAGAUUGAUUAAAAAGAUUUAAGACUGAUUUCCCUGCACACUUUAGGAAAGAAAUAGUUGAGUUAAUUUUUUCGUUUUCGUUUAAUAACCAAUCCAACGAUAUUUACGCGAUCAAGAAAGUUAGUGAUCUCGAAUAUUUUACCGUACCGUUUCAUGCGUCAUGCGAGAACAAACAUGAGAAAGGUAGUGGGUUGUAU